AUGAAUCCAUUAAUUAAAACUGGACUUGAGUCCUUAUUAAAAAUUAAAAUUGACGAAAAUCAAAAUUCAAAUUUAAUUUCUUAUAAAGAUUAUUCAUCAAUUAUUCAUGGUGUUAAUCAUGAACACAAUCAAAUAAAUUUAAAAAAUGAAGAUAAUCUCAAUUCAAAAAUGCUCAUUGGUCCAGAUAAUAUUACAUUUUUCAUAAGACAUCUAUCAGGAAGAACAUAUGAAAUGAAAUCAAAUUUUAAAUGUUUAAUUUCAGAAAUUAAAAAUUUAUUUUUUAAAAAUUUUGAAAAUUCAAUAAAACCAAGUGAAAUGGUGUUAAAUUAUAACGGUCAUAAAUUAGAAAAUAAUAAACAACUUUGUGAUUAUAAUAUUAGAGAUCAUUCAACUUUAACUUUAUAUUUUGAAAAUUCAACAUAUUCAAUUGAUAAAAAUACUUUUGAUCCCAGCUUCGAUUAUGAUUUCACUUCAGUGGUCGAUAAAGCAAACGCAUUUGUUAGAGGUGGUCAUUAUUAUCAAAGACCAUGUGGAUCAUUUAGAUUUGCACUAAAAGUUUUGGGAAGAUUUAAUGAACCAAUGGAAGAAUGGUUAGGUCAAACAGGGAAGGAAGGAGGUUCGGAAUGGGCAGUGUCAUAUCAUAGUUCAUUAAAUGAAGAAAAUUGUCUUACAACACCAAGCUUUGAAGUGGCUAAAAAAAAUGCCUUUACCUUCACAUACAAUGGUUUAAAUUAUUAUCUACUAUUCCAAAACAGAAUUAAUCCAUCAACUUUUAAAAGAGAAGUAAUUAAAAAUGAUGAGUAUUGGAAAUCACCAAACUCAUCAUCACAACAUAUAAGACCAUACUCAAUUUGUAUUGGUAGAGUCUAA